CCUUGUCUUACGCAAUGUCUCUUUAGCGAUAAAGUCUGUCACAACAUUUUCUAGACUAGCGAAGGAUGGGGCUCUAUCUUGCGUUCUCUCUAUUCAUCGGCCUCGUUUCUUAUUCGUCGUCGGUGACAAUCAAUGAACAGACUAUCAGCUUUUAUGAGGACUGGUUCAAUAACUAUCUGGUUUUAGCAGACGGAACCACAUGCUACUUUUGGCGCACGACUGGCCAAGACGCCAAUACCCUGAAGCUCCAGUCUGGACAAAGAGCAUUAGAGCAACACAUGAUUGAUAAUUUAAAAAAGGGCGUACAGUUGACCCAGUUUACGCCCAACAAACUGACGGUGUCCUUUGUGAUCGUAAAUCGUUGUGGAACAGGAUCCUCCUAUUUGGCAGCAAGUAAGAGGAUUUUUACAAUUGAUAAUCGAUAAUUUCACAUUUUAUUUCAAUGUUAGAAAAUGGAAAUCCCUCCUACACAUUUGUUUUACCUGAUAGAAUUGCUUACGAAUCACAUUCUGAACCCCCUCCCCCAUGAGAUAAAGGAGCAGUAAAAUUGUCUUGGAUAGAUGAAGCGGCGUAUUAUUGAAGGGAAAUGGUGUUUUAUUUAAGAUAAAUUGUCACUGACCUCUGAAAUAGGGUCAUUAAAAUUCACAGGGAGUGAGACAUAUUGCCGUACAUAGAUUUCCUGUGCUGAAUUCUUGUGUUUAAGAAAACUAGAUAUUCUUGAGGGCCAUAAUAACGUAGUAAUUCAAGUUAAAGCUUUGAGAUUUCAAAUAUAUUUAUCAAAUUUUAAUUCCUUUGUGACGAAAUCAUAAUAUUUACCCUCACUUUCUAUCCUUUUCUUGUAAUUUUGAAAUAUUAGAAAGGACAUUAUUAUCAUUGUGUUUCGAAACAAGCACGUCAUUUUAAGUGGUUGUUUUCUUUCAAAUUCCUGAACAAAAUUAAUAUUUUUUAAUGGCAUGUUAGAAAGAUAUAUUUGUAGAAACUUAUUCAGAGAUGCUCUAUAUUUACGAAAAAGAAAGAACUAGGAAAAUGAAAGUACAAGGAAAAUGAAAGUACUAGGAAAAUGAGGACUAUUCCAAACAAAAUUUGAAAAUCCGGUACAUUUACAUGUAUGAAAUCAUCCAUUAAAAUAAGUGAUAAUUGGGAGAGGAUGGGGAAACAAUAUGGAGGAAGACGCUCACUACAUUGCAUUUGGUAAGGUGAAAAAUUGUACCGACGGGAGACAUGUUAGUUUACAACAAACUGAGGAGAUCUACAGAUAAAGGAAUGAAACUAAAAAAGGUUUUAUAGCCAUUUAGCAUUGUUGGUGAACUCUGAUUACUCAGCGCAAGUGAAUUUCCACGUUGGUUAAGUCGGUAGCUUUAUCUUUAUCAUCAUAUCAAUGUUGUCAAAUAAAUAGCUUUAUAUUCCUGUCUAUUAAAUACUUUUUUAUUUGUGUUUCAGUACCCACUUCCAACAUUCAUCAAGGAUAAUGACGAAUUCAGCAAAUAAAUAAACACUUCUAUUGUCAGA